AUGGGAGAGGAGAAACUCAACAAAGCUACUUCAUUUUACGCGACUGCCAGCCAACUCGAAGGUGUCCUAUCAAUACCAGCAGCCAUGGGUAUCGACUUGGACCGUCACCAUGUGCGCAGCACCCACCGCAAGGCGCCAAAGAGCGAGAAUGUCUACUUGCAGGUUCUCGUGAAACUCUACCGGUUCCUCGCCCGUCGCACGGACUCCAACUUCAACAAAGUCGUGCUCCGUCGUCUGUUUAUGUCGAGGAUCAACCGCCCUCCUGUUUCUCUCUCGCGUAUCGUCUCGAACAUCACUGAGUCUCACAAGGGAAAGACUGUCGUCAUUAUCGGAUCUGUCACCGAUGACAACCGCCUCCUGACAGUGCCCAAACUGUCCAUCGCUGCUCUUCGCUUCACUGCUACUGCUAGGGCUAGGAUCGAGAAGGCCGGUGGUGAGACAUUGACCUUGGAUCAGCUGGCUCUUCGGGCGCCCACCGGAGCCAACACUCUCCUUCUGCGUGGACCCAAGAACUCUAGAGAGGCCGUGAAGCACUUUGGCUUUGGACCCCACACCAACAAGAAACCGUAUGUGCGAAGCAAGGGUCGGAAGUUCGAGAGGGCUCGUGGUCGGAGAAGGUCCAAGGGCUUCAAGGUCUGAAUGCGGUGAUAGGGUAGUAAACAAAAGUCUUUCGGGGCUAGUUGAAUGUCAUGUCACACUUGGGCAAUUACUUUUUCUUUAAUGCGUUAGAGAUCACUAGCACUCAGCGCUCUAGCCAGUGUGGCUGCAUUUCUGUUUUUGUCAAGGCGUCGGAAACGAUAUUAUCCAGUUUAAAAUGCUAAGAAACAAAAGAUAUUUCAAUUGGUGCUAAGUUUACAAAAUUGAUGUCUGCUGCUAUAGAC